CCGAGGGGCGGCGCAGGCGCAGUGGCGGCGGCGGGGCCAUGGCGGUGCCGCUGCCCCCGGCGACGCGAGCGCCCCCUGGCGGUGCCUCGGGGCUGCCGGAGGAGACGGCUCCAGGCCUCGGGGGGGCAGCGGCGGAGACAGGACCGGGGGGAGACGCCCGGGCCGAAGGCGCCGAGGGGCUGUUCGUGGUGCUCGGAGCCGGGCUCGCCGCCGCCAGCCACCCGUUGCUCUACGUCAAGCUGCUCGUCCAGGUUGGGCAUGAGCCACUACCUCCCGUUGUUGGAAGAAACGUGCUGGGGAGGAAGGUCCUGUACCUGCCUGGCUUCUUCACCUACGCCAGACACAUCGUGGAAGUGGAUGGGAAAAGAGGCCUCUUCCGUGGUCUUACUCCUCGCCUCAUCUCCAGCACUUUAUCAACCAUCACCAGGGGGAGCGUGAAGAAGGCCUUCCCACUGGAGGACAUGGAGCAUGUUUCUAACAAGGAUGAUGUGAAGACCUCCCUCAGGAAAGUGGUGAAAGAGACAUCUCAUGAGAUGAUGAUGCAGUGCAUGUCCCGAGUUGUCUCACAUCCAUUGCAUGUGAUCUCCAUGCGCUGCAUGGUCCAGUUUGUGGGCCGGGAAGUCAAAUACAGCGGAGUCUUCAGUGCCAUCGGCAGGAUCUUUAAGGAGGAAGGCAUCCUGGGCUUCUUCGUGGGUUUGGUCCCUCACGUCCUGGGGGAUGUCAUCUUCCUCUGGUGCUGCAACCUCCUGGCUCACUUCAUCAACACCUACGCGGUGGACGAUAACUUCAGCCAGGCAUCGGUGAUCCGGAGCUACACGAAGUUCGUGAUGGGGAUCGCUGUCAGCAUGCUGACCUACCCAUUCCUUCUUGUGGGAGAUCUCAUGGCAGUCAACAACUGUGGGUUGCGUGCAGGCCUCCCCCCCUACGCUCCUGUGUUCACAUCCUGGCUCCACUGCUGGAGGCAUCUCAGUGCUCAGGGGCAGCUGUUCCGUGGCUCCAGCCUGCUGUUCCGCAGGGCGCCCAUGCCAGCCGGCUGCUUCCCCUCCGACUGAGCCGGCAGGGCGAGGGCUUGGCCUUGGACUGCUCCAGAAAUCCUCAGCUUGUUCCAAUCUGUGUCUGCUUUUCCUUUAUGAUCCAAAGUCCUUGGUGCCAGAGCAAGACAUCUCCUCUCCAGCAAAGAGGCUUCUGGACAUCUGGCUUCGGGCUCCAGCUGGACCAAAGCUCCGUCCUCGUGGCUGUCUCGACCAUGAUGUGUGGCUGAGAGGGCAGCAGGGUGUGGUCUGGUCUCUUUGGUCCAGGCUGUAGCUCUGGAGUCUCUAGGGAAGCCCAGGAGAGCAGAAAAUGCCCAGGUACGACAGGAGCCAGCCCCCAGGUGCAGGGACAAAAGACUGCUUCGUUCAGCCCCGGCUGAGAAGCAGCAGGAGAGCCGAGAUGCCAGCUGGGCCAACCUCCCACCUCCUUCUUUUGGAGAGGGCAAACUUUGGCAGGGCAGGAUCAACCCUGGGACCCAUAGGUAAGGUUUUGAGGGUACAUGAGCACUGGGGAGCACUCCACCUUCCCUGGGCAGGAGAGGGAAAUUGCAGCAGCAGAACAGAAAAGGGAAGCAGAGUUCCACUGCAGGGCAGUGCAGUCCCAAAGGGGCAGCUGUGGCUCAGCUCCAGGGGGUGCUGGGGCUUGGGCAUGGAGGGAGCCCGUGGGGAGGGAUGUGCAGUGCAGAGGGCAGCUCUUUUGGGAAGGGUUUUUGCAGCAGGACAGGCUGUGUUCAGGAUACACCCAUCAGAGCUGCUGUGCUAGGUGUGCCCUGGGCAAGCAGAUGGGUCCUAGGUUGGGCUGGGGACACUCACACUGUGCAGUUGUGCCAGCAGCAGGCUCCUGCUGACCCCCAGCUUCGCCCCUUUGCCGAGGGACAUGGAGCCAUGUGUUGUGGUGCUGAGGUGCUGCAUGGGAUCUGCUUGCAGGAGGGCUCAGUCCAUUGCCAUCUGGCAUAAAGGAAGAAGACUUGAGCUGGCCAAAGGGCUGCAAGGUGUCGGGGUCGAGGGCUCCUCAUGCACACGGGAGCGUGGCUGAGCCUUGUGUAGCAGAGCUCAUGGUGGCAGCAGGGCUGGUUUUAAACUCAGCUGCCCAGGGAAGGAGUUACUUUGCACCAGUCUGUGCUGGCAGGGCAGCCAGGCAGUGUCCCCCUGGUUUAGUUCCCCCACGAAGCAGUCUUCUGCACAGAGGUGUUGCUGCUCUCCCUGGAAAGAGGUGUUUGGGGGUCCUUGAGUCGGUUCUCCUGUGUUGCUGCAGCAACCGAGGUCACAUCUCCUCCUGGUCCCCUGUGGCCCCCAACCUGCCACCUCACAGGGUGUUCUCCUCCAUCAGACAGGUUUGAUCCACACCUCCCAGCCAGGGCUUGCAGGACAGUGCUGGUGCAUACUGGGACCGACAGCCCCCACCCAGCUCCCUUUGGUGUCGUGAAGUGGGUCCUGUCUGUCCUCCCUCCCGUCCCGUUUAUGUUACAGUAACAGCAGUUAAAUAAUGCAUGGCCCCGUUCCCUAACACCAGAGAUUAUCUCAGAGAGGAUUUAAUGAUGCUCCAAAAUACAGCUCUAAAACAACAA